UCACCGCAUAGAUUGUUUUGAAAUAAUUACUGUUUGUGUUUUUGUUUUAUAGUUUACACACAUUUAAUUUAAUUUUUUCACUGAAUUAUCAUAACAAACUUGUUCUUAGAGUAAGAUACAAAUUAUAAUAAUUAAUUAAUUAAAAUUAUUUAUCCUAUAAAGUUGGAAAUUACGAAGUUUGAUGUGGUGCCUUAUAAAGAUGCACAAUAAUUUGAUAAUUUAUUCAGUAUUUUGCUAUGCAUCGGUUAUGUCAUUUAAUUUGGACAACAUUGACUUGCCGCCGGAACAUAUGGUGUACUUUUUUAAUGCAUUCCCUUCACUUGCUCAUUCCUGUUCAUUGGAUGUAAAUUGCCCCUAUAAAUCAUCAUUGCAUAGAAAAGCAUGUUGGGGUUAUGAAGAAAAUUGUGAGAGAAAUAAUUCAUAUUUUGUCCAACCUCAUUGCCCGGGUAAUCACAGAGGAUGGGUUAAAACUAAAGUUGCGCAAUACGACACAUUUUACACACAAGCUGAUUUUGGUUAUAUAAAAGAACAAAUUGAUGAUUUGAUGGUGAUGUGUGAAGCCUCAAUUCCCGAUGAUAGUUCUUUGGAGUGUUCAAAGUAUUUAAGAUUUUGUAGGGGCCGUAAACUAAUGCUUAAUUUCACAGGGCUCAUUGGACGGGGUGAUAAUUUGCGCUAUAAAAUGGAUGUACUUGGACCUGGCCAAAUAGGUGGAUAUUGCAAAUUUCAUUCAGAGAGACUGAAAAAAGAAGCUGAACAUAUGAGUGCUCUACAAUCAUGGGCACCCGAAUUAGUUAAUUUUGUCAGGACAACACAAAGACCUAUAUUAGAUGGAAAAUGUGACAUUGUCAUUGAAAAACCUACAUUUAUCAUGAAACUUGAUGCUACUGUGAACAUGUAUCACCACUUCUGCGACUUCUUUAACUUGUACGCCUCGCUGCAUGUGAACGCGAGCCACGCCUCCUCGUUCUCACGGGACAAUCAUAUUCUAAUCUGGGAAACAUUUACGUAUGAUUCUGCAUUCAAGGAUGCCUUUAAGGCUUUCACCAUCAACCCGAUAUGGGAUUUGAAGGAGUUUCGAGGCAAAGUUGUCUGCUUUAAUAACGUUGUGUUCCCACUUCUACCUCGGAUGAUAUUUGGAUUAUAUUACAAUACACCACUGAUAUAUGGCUGCGAAAGGAGUGGACUAUUUCAUGCAUUCUCUAAACACAUAAUUCAUUCAUUGAAAAUACCACUCCAUAUACGAUCUAAUAAGAAAGUAAGGGUGACAUUAUUAUCACGAGGGACCACAUAUCGUACCAUAUUAAAUGAAAAGGAAAUAGUUGAAGCUCUAUUAAAGAUCAGAGGGUACCACGUCGAACGAGUAGUGUACGAUAAGACAAUGCCUUUCGUAAAACAACUUGAGAUGACACACAACACGGAUGUCUUUAUUGGAAUGCACGGCGCCGGUUUAACGCAUAUGUUAUUCCUACCUGAUUGGGCUUCAGUUUUUGAAGUAUAUAACUGUGAGGACCCCAAUUGUUAUUCAGACUUAGCGCGUCUUCGAGGGUUGAAAUAUGUGACGUGGGAGAAUAAGACGAAAUUAGUACAACAGGAUGAGGGACACGGGCCAGGCGGAGCGUCGCAUGCCAAAUUCACCAAUUACUCAUUCGAUGUCGAAGAGUUUUUACGAUUGGUAGAUAUCUGCGCUUCUUAUGUUCGGAAAAGGCAAGACUUUAACAACUUUAUCGAGGCGUCUUUGUUGAAAAUUCGCGAGGAACUAUAGCGAGCUCUAUCAUUGCCAAUGCCAGGAUUUGAUAUUAUAAGAAUUACCAUAAACAAAAUCAAUUAAUGUAUAAUGUACUUACAGUGUACUAACACGUAAAUACCUUUUUAAUGGAAUAUAGUACAGAUCAGAUGUGAUUACUUGUGCCUUUGCUUAUAAAAUAUAUAUUAUUUUAAUGAUAAGUAUCCGGACGAUCAGAUGUUUACAUAAUUUAUGUGUUACGCCCUGCCCUGUACAUAGCAUGCCCGCCCAGGAUUCCUGGACAAAAACUUUCCUAAAAUUCUGAGUAACAGCACGAUUCUGCUCGUCACCUUUACUAUAAUUCUAUUUCCACAUACAGAGAACAAAGGCGAGCGGAGGCUAGUGAAAAGUCUAUCACGUCACUAGUCUUCAGUUUGAAUGGCAUGAUAUUAGAGGGUUCCAUUUUGCGUACAGUAUUGGCCAGUUACUCCAACAUGCCCAGGUCCGUCCAGAAGUUAAGAACGCUUCUGGGAUGUUUGCAGGCUUCUCGGAGCGACCUUGGAUGAACGAAAGGUUCGCGCGUUGGUUGGCGACUCCUGCACAUUUCAGGAUAACGUGAGUGACCAUUCAAUCCCGCCACCAUGAUUCGGAUAUCGUGUCUGUUUAAGCUGAUGAGUCGACGUGUCAGUUUAGACGAUAGUGCAGGAAUAGCUUGUUUUCGACUAGCUACGGCUUGAGACGUUUAUAGAUCGAAUGUUGUGUAUUUUAUUGGUGAGAUGGCAUAUUCAUGAACAUAUUUGGUCGAAGGUAGGAGUGGCCUAUUGUUAGAGGAAGCUCGUUCCAAAAAAUAAUGACACUCCUAUAUUAGCGCUGAUUUGAAGGUAUUGUUCUUCAGCGCAGUUAGUACCGCAAUACUAUCGGAAAGAAUUCUGAUAUUAUGGCUACACACUCACAUUAGAAGAUGGAGCUGUGUGUGCCUAAGGGUGUUGGUGUGUGUAUGUUAAGUUCCUGUGAGAAGAUCCCAGUACCAGUUCUAGAUUCCAUUUUGGAACCGUCUGUGUAAAUUCUUAAUUCAUUUACUUGUAACUGGUCUGCUUCCGUUCAAACAGUUCCUCCCCAGUGUUCAUACACACAUUUGUUAUUUAUCGUUCGUUAGAUUUUUUCCGGCGUGCAUCGUUUUGUAUAGCCACGGAAUAAGAUGUAAAGUUUCUGUAGCUUAAUAAUUUCACUAGCUGGAACCACCCCCUGACCUUUAAACAUCGCUUCAGUCGGUGUAUCUAAUAUUGUUUUAAUUCAAGAAAUCAUUUAUUGAGAAGGUAAAAGUUUUUAUGGGGAAUUAAACAAUUAUUGUCAAGUAAGGGGGGAUAUUAUGUUAUUAUCUUAUUAACUAUCCACCUAGGGGAUAAUGGCCGUUAGAUGGAUGCUGUGCGUAACUUCUAAGAAGAGUUCCACAGUCCUGAGUCAAAUGACAGAUUCAAGCCGUUGUAUCAGGGAUGUAUAAUCAAAUUUUAACACUUGCGAGUUAAAUAGUAGAAAGACCGUCAAAUAGCAUUUAUUUAGUUAAUUAUUUUUAAUUAAAUUAAUAUCAAACAUAAUUUUUAUUUGUGUUGCAAAAUUAAGUAAUAUUUUUCUUCUAAAUACAAUUAUUAGAAACAUUUUUCAAUUGUCAAUUAUAUUUUUUUAUCAUAGCACUGAUUUGGGUAAUUGCACAAUAUGUUGAGAGGAAACUCAACAAUUGCUCUUGUAUUAUUACUUAAAGACAAAUACUUAUAUUAUUAUAAGAAUUGAAUGCACUUCGCAUUAAAAAUUGUUCAAAUCGACAUAACGUAUAUUCAUAACACUUUUACUGCUAGCCCUAGAUUGGUCUAAUGUGAAUCUUUUAAAACACGCACGGCGUGUUUAACAGCACAGUUUGUGUUUAUGUAAAACACAUUUUGUGUUUUAACAGUUAAUUAGCCAUGUGUGAUGUUUGAUCUGGCUCGAAAUAAUUUAACUACUGAUAAGCGAAUUAAUUCUCUUUAUAGAAUAUAUGCUUAUGAUCUGAUUAAUGUAUAGAAUAUAACAAUUGUGAUAUUUUUAUGACAUUGCUUAGAACUAAUUAUAGUUAUAAGUUUAUAACUUGUACUUAAUAACGAAAUAGUGAAACAUGAAUCUGGUUAGUUAAUACUUACCUUAUAUUGGAUAUUUUUAUACGAAAUAUCUUAUCUUGGGGUGAUAGAAAAUUGUAAUUAGUAUAAGAGUUACUUAUUAAAUUUUUGACAUUGUGAUAAUACCUAACUAAUAUAGGUAUUAACCUACUGAAGAUUGUGAUAGGAGUAUUGUUUACCUAAUAAAAUUUAAAUAAUUA